AUGGACUCAAUUAAUGUGACCUUGAAGGAGAUCCCUUACCAACUACCAGCAACAGUAUUGGAAGCACUCUUGCGCUUAACCCAGAGGGCGGACGAAAAAACCGUUGAAGUUCGAUAUCUUGUGAAUAGCUCGAUACCAAACCGUAUUAUCGGAGACCCCAUUCUUUUAUGCCAGGUUGUUAUGAAGUUGGUUAGAAAUGCCAUAAAGUUUGCAGAGCAGGGGCAAAUCAACAUUACAGUUCAAAUCGCAAAACAUGAUCCCGCCAAUGCAGAAGAACAAGCUCUAGAGAUUAUUGUCUCAGAUAACGGUACUGGGAUUCAGAAGGGCGACCUUGACUUGAUUUUUGAUACUUCCCGGCAAGAGAAUGGUUUACCAUAUCAGAGACGAAGCGGUUCAAGCUUCGGCCUAUCUUACUACAAAGACCUUGCAAAGCAAAUGGGAGGAGACCUCCGGGUGGAGAGUCGGUAUGGCAAGGGGGCCUCGUUCUUCUUUACGAGCGCAUUGCGGCCCGCCGUCUCCGAUGAAAACUUCAUCUCGGAGCAGCUCAAACCGUACAAUGGCCACAGCGUACUUUUCAUUGAUCAAGGACGGACCGGGCACGAAAGGCAAAUCGCGUUGGUGCUGGAGGCACUUGGUUUUGUUCCAGCCACUGCUGAUUCAGUCUCACACAUUGGGCAGCCACGAGAGAGGAUGUAUGAUAUUAUACUCGUCGACUCAAUAGCGUCUGCGAGAGAAGUUCGCUCGAUAGAUGUGUUUAAGAAGGUUCCAAUCUUGUUGUUGGGAUUACCAGUUCCCUUUAGCCUCUCACCGACACUAGAUCUCCACAUCGCCUCAUAUAUGACAAUGCCUUGUCUGGCGAUUGAUCUUGAAUAUGACAUACUUCAGUCUUUAGAGAAACAAUCACCACCAGUUCCAACUGACAAUCUCUCCUCAUUGACUAUCCUUCUAGCUGAAGACAAUUUCAUUAAUCAGAAGUAUUAUAGAAAGAUUCUAGAAAAAUAUACCCAUGUCGUUACAGUGGUUAACAACGGGCUCGAAGCUGUUGAAGCGGUUAAGGCAAAAAAAUACGAAAUUUUGCUAAUGGAUGUAAGAAUGCCAGUCAUGGGCGGCUUUGAAGCCACAGUGAAGAUCAGAGAAUAUGAGCAGAGUCAAGGCCUUCGACAAAUCCCAAUAGUUGCCCUUGCUCUCGGUACACGAGAAGAAGAAGAGUGUUUGAAAAGAGGGAUGGGUGAGUGUCUUUCUAAACCGACUGCUGAAAGGCACUUAAUCAGAAUGGUCUCUAAAUAUGUACGAUAUAAGGAUGUAGAUAGUUUGUCUUGA